AUGACAGCUUUGCGGUUCGUUAGAUCGGUAAGUAUCUACGACUACUAUUGCUUCAUUCCUUCAACUGAUGUUUUUGUUCCUCCCCCGAAAGGUUUGGGAGUCCUUUCGGGCUACAUCGGGCCUGGAGCCUCGCUUCGUGUGACUGCCGCAAAGCCUGGUCUGGUGAACUUUGAGCUAGAUAUACAGAAAGAGCAUACGAAUCGUCUGAACAUUCUCCAUGGUGGUACUAUUGCUAGUAUGGUGGAUCUUGGUGGUUCUCUAGCUGUCGCUUCCCGUGGCCUGUUUGCUACGGGAGUGUCGACCGAUCUCAAUGUGACGUAUCUAAGCUCUGGAGGUAAAGUAGGAGAUAAAAUUUUGGCCGAAGCUAGCUGUGAUAAAUUCGGCAAAACGCUCGCAUAUACAUCUAUCAAAUUCAUCAACAGCAAAGGCGAAAUUGUUGCCAGAGGAAGUCACACCAAAUAUAUUGCACUUGCCUGGAAGGACCCGCAGAACAUCGUCGAGGAGCUUGGCGGGCGUUAG